UUUGUAGUGUAGUAUGAAGAACAAAUGCGGGGUCGAAACUAGCGUUGCUAACCCUCCUCCAACAGCUACCUGCCCCUCCUCUUGGACUGUAAUGCGGUGGAUUCCGCGAUUUGAGAGAAGACCAGAAAGGUUGGCUAAUAUAUUGCACUUUAAUGCGUUAUAAUAUUUGAAUUAAGGGCUAUAUUAUUUCUAUUUUCAAGCAAUGGCGCAUGCUGCGGUGACUGUUAGCCUCGAGGCCCUCAAAAAUGGAACUGUGCCUUUCUCUACAUUAGAGGCUGCCUUUGGUCCAGAGUCACUCGGAAUCAUUCUGGUCAAAGAUGUAGACCCUGCUUUUGUUGAACUACGUCGACGACUACUAUCCUAUUCGACUUAUCUGGGCAACCUCCCUCCCCAAAUUCUAGAGCAGCUAGAAGAUGCAACUGCCAAGUACCUAACCGGGUGGUCUUUGGGAAAGGAGACGUUAAAAAACGGCCAGGUCGACACGUUGAAGGGGUCAUAUUAUGCCAACUGCGCUUUUUAUGUGAACCCAGAGCUGGAAUGCGCUGAGAGCACUGCCGAAUUCUCCUUGGAGAAUUUCCCCGAAUACUUGAGCCCCAAUAUCUGGCCGUCUGAGGGCCUUCUCCCUGCAUUUCGCCCGACAUUUGAAGAGCUUUGUCGACUGAUAAUCGAUACCGCAGUUCUGGUCGCACGUGCAUGUGACCAGUAUGCCGAACAGAAAAUAGACGGUUAUACCAAGGGAUACCUGGAGCACGUCGUUCGCACCUCAACUACGACGAAGGCCCGAUUGUUGCACUAUUACCCAUCUCCUCCCGUCGCUUCUGACGGGGCCCAGAGUGCUGUUCCUGAAGAUGGCUGGUGUGCUACACAUGUUGACCAUGGGUGUCUCACCGGCCUAACCAGCGCCAUGUUCGUGGACGAAACCGCGACGAGGGCGUUGAUUCAAGGUCAUAACGCAACUGAUACCCAUCUCCCAGCACUGCCGGAGCUGCCAAGUUCACCAGAUCCCCAAGCGGGACUAUAUAUCCAGUCUCGAAACGGUGAGACAGUGCAGGUUAAGAUCCCCCGGGAUUGCAUUGCUUUCCAGACCGGCGAGGCCUUGGAGAAGAUUACCCAGGGGAAAUUUAGAGCUGUGCCUCAUUUUGUGAAGGUUGUUUCGCCCAAGGCAGGAGAUGGUGACAUAGCUCGGAAUACACUUGCAGUCUUUACGCAGCCCAGCCUGGACGAGUUGGUGGACACCGAGAGUGGAAUCAACUUUGGUGAGUUUGCAAGAGGGGUAGUGGAGAAGAAUACUUCCAAGUAGUUGUAAUCUUAAUCCAACUCCCAUACGACUCGGCAUACGCUGGCUGUCUGGGCCAUCACGGUGCUCUGGAUUUCGAUUAUAGCAACGUAGCUUCGUUUCUCAUUUCACACAUGCUUUUCACACAUGCUUCGUUCGACUCCCAGGCAGCUUCUCGAUUGGGGAAAAAUGUCGCCCGAUGUGUACGGACCGGCCAAUAACAACGGCGGGGAUUUAUGAAUUUCGACUUUGUACGGACUAGAGUAGGUCACUCUUUGCCUAAUACUCCACGGUCUCAUGCAACUGUACGGAGUACAUAUACUACACCACUUAUGUACAAGUACGCCGCUGUAUAACCCGCCCUACCACAAGGUACUCCAAUGUACUCGGCCAGUCCAUCCUUUUACGUGGAGUGAACCGGUUCACUCACCGUCCUUUGAUCUCACAGCCACAAAAACCCCGAAACGCCCCUCGACGUAUUCCUCUUCCGCUGCAACCUCCCAGACCGAUACACUCAUUUCCAGUUUUGGACAUUCGGAAACACACUCGGCCCCAAACAAUCUCGGGUCUCAAGAGAGCACCUCAUCCGGAUCCGGUUUCUAUCGUUGGUGGCAUCUCCUGCACUUGGCGCUGAAAGGGCAUUCCAACGGGAUCCUGCAAAACUGUGUUCGCGAACUGGUCCAUGCGGAUCAAGUUACUUCCUGUGCUUCUUGCAUGUAAUAAUCAUCUAGCCGGUUGGGCUGCGAUAUUCCCCCAAGUUUGAGGACUGCGCUGGAAGGACUGCACCGGCCAAG